CCGGGCUUUGGAGGAGCCCGGCCCCCCUGGCUGGCGGCCCCGGCUGGCUGGCGCGCGGCCUUUCGCCCCGGGGUCGGACUGUGUCCACCCGUCCCGUCUGACCCCCGCCAUGUCCGUCCCCCUGCUUCUGACUGACGGGAGAGUUCUGCAGAUGGAGCUUUUGGGAAGGAGAGAAGAUCAGCUCGAACGGGUCUUUUUACGACUUGGCCAUGCUGAAACAGAUGAACAAUUACAAAAUAUUAUAUCUAAAUUCCUUCCUCCUGUUUUGCUCAAACUGUCCAGCACCCAAGAAGGAGUACGGAAAAAGGUAAUGGAACUGCUGGUCCAUCUGAACAAACGUAUAAAAAGCCGCCCCAAAAUACAACUCCCAGUAGAGACAUUAUUGGUUCAGUACCAGGACCCUGCUGCAGUUUCCUUUGUCACGAAUUUCACUAUAAUUUAUGUUAAGAUGGGCUAUCCUCGCCUGCCAGUGGAGAAACAAUGUGAAUUGGCCCCUACACUUCUUACUGCCAUGGAAGGGAAACCUCAGCCACAGCAGGAUAGCUUAAUGCAUCUUUUAAUACCAACCCUUUUCCACAUGAAAUACCCAGCUGAAUCAUCAAAAUCAGCUUCUCCUUUCAAUCUUGCUGAGAAACCAAAGACUGUGCAGCUGCUUUUGGACUUUAUGCUAGAUGUCCUUCUGAUGCCUUAUGGAUAUGUGUUAAAUGAAUCCCAGAGUCGCCAAAAUUCAUCUUCAUCACAGGGUUCUUCUUCAAACAGUGGGGGAGGUUCUGGAAUCCCACAGCCUCCCCCAGGAAUGAGCUUUUAUGCAGCUAAACGAGUUAUUGGUGAUAACCCAUGGACGCCUGAACAGUUGGAACAGUGCAAAUUGGGCAUAGUGAAGUUCAUAGAAGCCGAGCAGGUGCCUGAGCUCGAAGCUGUUCUCCACCUGGUGAUUGCUUCUAGUGACACUCGCCAUAGUGUGGCGACAGCGGCAGACCUGGAAUUGAAAAGCAAGCAGAGUUUAAUUGACUGGAAUAAUCCUGCCAUCAUUAAUAAGAUGUACAAAGUAUACCUUGGGGAUAUACCACUGAAGACAAAAGAGGGAGCAGUUCUAAAGCCAGAGCUGAAAAGAGACCCGGUCAGUACCAGAGUGAAGUUAAAGAUUGUCCCUCAUCUCCUUCGUUCUAGACAGGCUGCUGAAACAUUCCCAGCUAACAUUCAGGUGGUGUAUGAUGGACUUUUUGGUACAAAUACAAAUUCAAAGUUAAGAACAUUGUCCCUGCAAUUUGUACAUCACAUUUGUAUAACCUGCCCAGAAAUCAAGAUUAAGCCACUAGGUCCUAUGCUUUUGAAUGGUCUCACUAAGCUAAUAAAUGAAUAUAAAGAGGACCCUAAACUGUUGUCAAUGGCAUAUUCAGCUGUUGGAAAACUCUCCAGCCGAAUGCCCCAUUUAUUCACUAAGGAUAUAGCUCUUGUGCAACAGCUUUUCGAAGCCCUGUGUAAGGAAGAGCCUGAGACUCGACUUGCCAUUCAGGAAGCAUUAUCUAUGAUGGUUGGAGCGUAUAGUACCUUAGAAGGAGCACAGAGAACUUUAAUGGAGGCACUUGUAGCUUCAUAUUUAAUAAAGCCUGAAGUUCAAGUUCGGCAAGUUGCGGUGAAAUUUGCCAGCACGGUGUUUCCCUCAGAUCAUAUACCUUCCAGAUACUUGCUCCUACUAGCCGCAGGAGACCCACGAGAAGAAGUCCAUGGCGAAGCACAACGUGUAUUACGAUGUCUUCCUGGUAGAAACAAAAAGGAAAGCACUUCUAAGCAGAUGCCAUCUUUUCCAGAAAUGGUAUAUUACAUUCAAGAAAAGGCUUCCCAUCGAAUGAAAACUCCAGUCAAAUACAUGACUGGAACUACUGUCCUUCCAUUUAACCCAGCAGCAUUUGGAGAGAUAGUCCUGUACUUGCGCAUGUGCCUGGCUCAUAGUGCAGGAGUGGUGCCCACCUCUCAGAGUUUGGCUGAUAUGCAAGAUCAUGCUCCAGCCAUUGGACGGUACAUUCGGACGUUAAUGUCAAGCAGCCAGGCGACAGCUUCAUCUUCUAAUAAGAGUGGAGAGACCAACCCUGUUCAGAUCUACAUUGGCCUGCUUCAACAGCUAUUAGCAGGGGUUGGAGGUUUGCCAGUCAUGUACUGUCUAUUGGAAGCUGUGUCAGUGUAUCCAGAAAAAUUGGCUGCCAAAUUUGUAGACAAAACAGAAUGGAUCAAGAGUCUGAUGAGUAGCAGUAAAGAAGAGAUGCGUGAAUUGGCGGCUUUGUUUUAUUCUGUAGUUGUGUCAACAGUGUCCGGAAAUGAAUUAAAGUCAAUGAUAGAACAACUUAUAAAGGCUACAAAAGACAAUCAUAGUCCUGAGGUACAACAUGGAUCCUUGCUUGCAUUGGGAUUCACUGUGGGAAGAUACUUGGCUAAGAAGAGAAUGAGAACAGCAGAGCAGCACGACCUGGAGACAGAUGCUGAUCUCUUGCCUGAGCAAGAGGAGCUCAUUCGGAGUGCUACAGAAACAAUAGGUUCAUUUUUAGACAGUACAUCACCUCUCUUGGCAAUUGCUGCCUGCACAGCCCUGGGUGAAAUUGGCAGAAAUGGUCCUCUCCCAAUCCCCAGUGAAGGAUCUGGAUUUACCAAACUGCAUCUGGUAGAAAGCUUACUCAAUAGAAUCCCUUCCAGUAAAGAAACAAAUAAGAUGAAAGAACGCGCAAUCCAAACAUUGGGCUAUUUUCCAGUUGGGGAUGGGGGUUUUCCCCACCAGAAACUCCUUUUGCGAGGUCUGAUGGAUUCUGUGGAGGCCAAGCAGAUUGAACUUCAGUUCACUAUUGGUGAAGCGAUCACCAGUGCUGCAAUAGGAACUAACUCUGUGGCUGCCCGAGAUGCCUGGCUGGUGACUGAGGAAGAGUAUACACCUCCUGCUGGUGCCAAAGUGAAUGAUGUUGUCCCUUGGGUUUUAGAAGUUAUUUUAAGUAAGCAUAUUAUCAGCCCCAACCCACAUGUGAGGCAAGCAGCUUGCAUCUGGCUCCUUUCGCUUGUGAGGAAGCUGAGUACCCACAUAGAAGUGAAGUCUCAUCUUAAGGAAAUUCAGAGUGCAUUUAUUUCAGUUCUGUCAGAAAAUGAUGAACUCAGCCAAGAUGUUGCCUCAAAAGGGCUUGGGUUGGUUUAUGAGCUGGGCAACGAACAAGAUCAGCAAGAAUUGGUGUCUACACUUGUAGAAACACUUAUGACUGGCAAAAGAGCUAAACAUGAAGUUUCUGGAGAGACAGUGGUAUUUCAAGGGGGAGGCCUUGGCAAAACACCUGAUGGCCAGGGCCUUUCUACUUACAAGGAGCUUUGUUCUCUGGCAAGUGAUCUUAGUCAGCCAGAUCUAGUAUAUAAAUUUAUGAAUCUGGCAAAUCAUCAUGCAAUGUGGAACUCUAGGAAGGGUGCUGCUUUUGGUUUUAAUGUAAUUGCUACCAGAGCAGGAGAACAGCUGGCUCCUUUUCUGCCUCAACUCGUUCCUCGACUUUAUCGUUACCAAUUUGAUCCCAAUCUUGGAAUUCGACAAGCUAUGACAAGUAUUUGGAAUGCAUUGGUCACUGACAAGUCAAUGGUAGAUAAGUAUUUGAAAGAAAUUCUUCAAGAUUUGAUUAAAAACCUUACCAGCAACAUGUGGCGAGUUCGAGAAUCCAGCUGUUUAGCUUUGAAUGAGUUAUUGAGAGGAAGACCUUUAGAUGACGUCAUUGACAAACUUCCAGAAAUGUGGGAAACACUUUUUAGAGUACAAGAUGAUAUUAAGGAAUCUGUACGGAAAGCAGCAGAACUAGCUCUGAAAACUCUGAGCAAGGUUUGUGUGAAAAUGUGUGACCCUGCCAAAGGAGCAGCUGGCCAGAGAACCAUUGCUGUCCUCCUGCCCUGCCUUCUGGACAAAGGAAUGAUGAGUCCUGUGACGGAAGUCCGAGCCCUCAGCAUUAACACCCUUGUGAAGAUCAGCAAAAGUGCAGGAGCCAUGUUGAAACCACAUGCACCCAAACUCAUCCCAGCUCUGCUAGAGUCCUUAAGUGUGUUGGAGCCUCAGAUUCUCAAUUAUUUGAGUCUCCGCGCUACAGAACAAGAAAAGGUUGUAAUGGACAGUGCUCGGCUCACUGCCGCCAAGUCCUCUCCCAUGAUGGAGACAGUCAACAUGUGCCUGCAAUAUCUUGAUGUCUCAGUGCUGGGUGAGCUAGUUCCUAGGUUAUGUGAACUGAUCAGAAGUGGUGUAGGUCUCGGAACUAAGGGAGGCUGUGCCAGUGUCAUCGUAUCCCUGACUACUCAGUGUCCCCAGGACCUAACGCCCCACUCAGGUAAACUUAUGAGUGCUUUGCUUAGUGGUCUGACAGAUCGGAACAGUGUAAUUCAGAAAUCCUGUGCAUUCGCCAUGGGCCAUUUAGUUCGGACUUCACGGGACAGCAGCACUGAAAAACUGCUCCAGAAGCUCAAUGGCUGGUACAUGGAGAAAGAAGAACCUAUCUACAAGACCGCUUGUGCUUUGACGAUUCAUGCAAUUGGAAGAUACAGUCCUGAUGUGUUGAAGAACCAUGCCAAAGAAGUUCUGCCCUUGGCGUUUCUAGGCAUGCAUGAAAUUGCUGAUGAGGAGAAAUCUGAAAAAGAAGAGUGUAAUUUGUGGACUGAAGUGUGGCAGGAAAAUGUACCUGGCUCCUUUGGAGGUAUUCGAUUAUACCUGCAGGAGUUGAUUACUAUUACCCAGAAGGCUUUACAGUCGCCAUCUUGGAAAAUGAAAGCCCAGGGUGCAAUUGCUAUGGCAUCAAUUGCAAAACAAACAAGCUCUCUAGUACCUCCAUAUCUGGGAAUGAUACUGAGUGCUUUGGUGCAAGGCCUGGCUGGAAGAACAUGGGCAGGAAAGGAAGAACUACUAAAAGCCAUUGCCUGUGUGGUGACAGCUUGCAGUACAGAGUUGGAAAAGUCUGUGCCCAAUCAACCCACCACAAAUGAAAUUCUUCAGGCGGUCUUGAAGGAGUGUUGCAAAGAGAAUCUCAAAUAUAAGAUUGUAGCAAUCUGCUGUGCAGCUGAUGUUUUGAAAGCCACCAAAGAAGACAGGUUCCAGGAGUUUUCUGACAUUGUCAUACCCCUCAUCAAGAAGAACUCACUUGAAAGCAUGGGAGUCCGGAGCACCAAAGCUGAAGAUGAAAAUGAUAAGGAAAGAGAGCUGCAGUUGGAAUCGUUGCUGGGUGCCUUCGAGAGCUUGGGCAAAGCAUGGCCCAGGAAUCCAGAAACUCAACGCUGUUACCGUCAGGAGCUCUGCAAACUGAUGUGUGAACGGCUGAGACUCAGCACGUGGAAAGUGCAGCUCGGUGUCCUCCAGUCGAUGAACGCCUUUUUCCAGGGGUUAAUGCUUUUGGAAGAAGAACAUGCUGAUCCUGAAGCUCUGGCUGAAAUUCUUCUUGAAACUUGUAAAUCAAUUACUUAUUCUUUAGAAAAUAAGACCUACUCAUCUGUGAGAACAGAAGCUUUAUCUGUGGUAGAAUUACUGCUUAAAAAACUUGAAGAAGCUAAACAGUGGGAAAGUCUGACAGCAGAAUGCAGAAGACUCUUGGUUGAGUCUUUAGCUACUAUGGAGACAGACAACAGACCCGAACUGCAGGAGAAAGCCUCAGUAUUGAAGAAAACACUUGAAAGUCUGGAAUGAGUGAGAAUGGGAGGAAAGAAACAAGUGCCAUGUUCUUUUGGGAUGGAAGUUUGGAAAUGGUGGUAUUCUUUAAAAACCAAGUGGGGGAGUAAAGAUUACUCUGUAGCAUGCAUCAUUCCUUGGCUGAAAUAAAAAAAAAAAAGCCUUAAA